CUUCUUUUUGCUGUUCUUUAUAUUGUUUCCUACUUUAUCAUCACAAGAUACAAGAGAAAAUCAGAUGAACAAGAAGAUGAAGAUGCCAUAGUCAACAGGAUUUCGUUGUUUCUGAGCACCUUCACUCUUGCUGUUUCAGCUGGGGCUGUUCUGCUUUUACCCUUCUCAAUAAUCAGCAAUGAAAUCCUGCUGUCUUUUCCUCAGAACUACUAUAUUCAGUGGCUGAAUGGCUCCCUGAUACAUGGUUUGUGGAAUCUUGCUUCUCUCUUUUCCAAUCUUUGUUUAUUUGUAUUGAUGCCCUUUGCCUUUUUCUUUCUGGAAUCUGAAGGUUUUGCUGGCCUGAAAAAGGGAAUCCGAGCCCGUGUUUUGGAGACGCUGGUCAUGCUGCUGCUUCUUGCGUUACUGAUUCUCGGGAUAGUUUGGGUGGCUUCGGCACUGAUUGACAAUGACGCAGCUAGCAUGGAGUCUUUAUAUGAUCUUUGGGAGUUCUACCUACCCUAUUUAUAUUCCUGUAUAUCAUUGAUGGGAUGUUUGUUACUUCUCUUGUGUACACCAGUGGGCCUCUCCCGCAUGUUCACAGUCAUGGGUCAGUUGCUAGUGAAGCCAACAAUUCUUGAAGACCUGGAUGAGCAAAUUUAUAUUAUUACCCUAGAGGAAGAAGCACUCCAGAGACGGCUAAAUGGGAUGUCUUCAUCAGUGGAAUACAACAUAAUGGAGUUGGAACAAGAACUUGAAAAUGUAAAGACUCUUAAGACAAAACUAGAGAGGCGGAAAAAGGCUUCAGCAUGGGAAAGAAAUUUGGUGUAUCCUGCUGUGAUGGUUCUACUUCUUAUCGAGACAUCCAUCUCUGUCCUUUUAGUGGCGUGUAAUAUUCUUUGCCUGUUGGUUGAUGAAACAGCAAUGCCAAAGGGAACAAGGGGUCCUGGAAUAGGAAAUGCCUCUCUCUCUACUUUUGGUAUUGUGGGAGCUGCACUUGAAAUCAUUUUGAUUUUCUAUCUUAUGGUGUCUUCCGUUGUUGGUUUCUAUAGCCUACGAUUUUUUGGAAACUUUACACCCAAGAAGGAUGACACAACCAUGACAAAGAUCAUUGGGAAUUGUGUAUCAAUCUUGGUCUUGAGCUCUGCUCUGCCUGUAAUGUCCAGAACACUGGGAAUCACUAGAUUUGACCUACUUGGAGACUUUGGAAGGUUUAACUGGCUGGGCAAUUUCUAUAUUGUCCUGUCCUACAAUUUACUCUUUGCCAUUGUGACAACAUUGUGUCUGGUCAGAAAAUUCACCUCUGCUGUACGAGAAGAACUUUUCAAGGCCCUAGGGCUUCAUAAACUUCACUUAUCCAAUACUUCAAGGGAUUCAGAAGCAACCAAACUAUCUGCAAAUGGGCAUCAGAAAGCACUGUGAGACCCACACUGGGCGAACAUUCUGCAAGCAAGAGUCCUGGGAGGUCCAAACUUGUGACAUUCCUACCUGCCAGAUGAAGAGCAUUUUCAUAUUGACCUUGGUGCAUGUUUAGGGCCUGGGCCUAGAAGUAUCUUUUUGUUAUAAUAAGAAAUUGUCUAUUAGUGAUCUUGUUUUUUAUAUUCAGCUUUCUGGUAAACCUGGUAGUUACCAGUUCAGCAGAUUCCUGGAGACAUAUGGGAAAACACACUCAUCUAUGCCUUGCAUCAGUAAAUACAUCCUCCUCAUGUGAAAACCAUGUCAGAAAUGGCAAUCUGUGAGACUUUCUGAGAUCCAUUCAUUCCCAUUAUGUGUGUUUUCUCAGCAUGGAGACACCUACUUGAAAGGCUCCCUGGUACCAAGGGAGGUUUCCAGGCCUUUUGGAGACUGCUUGUAGAGGCUAUCACUGCAGUAACUGCACUGGAACUACAAUGAUUGCAAAUUUAUUUUUAAUCUCCUUAAAAAAACAUAGUUUCCAAUUUAGAUUACAGAAUUUUCACUAGACUUGGAGCCAAGGAAAAAUACUAAGUCCUUUUCAACCCUGAGCAGUGGCCACAAGCGCAGGAGCGCCUUGUGUUCGCUGCCGGAAGCUCUGAUGAGCGAUGUGAUGUCAAACUGAGGGACAGCUGACUGUAUGACUCAGUAUUACCUCUCAUAGUACAGUUGCCAGUGUUGGGUACACUUGUAACUUAGACUUUGCCUUAUAGGCUGUGUGUAUACUCAAUUUUUUAAAGAAUUCUUUUUUUAAAAAUCACUUAAUUCUCUGUGCUUCUAUGAUGUUUAUGAGAAAUUUCAAUGCUGAAUGGUAGAAACCCCUUUCCUCACAUUCUUCAGGCUUUGGGUACUUUUGUAUACACCAGUUUAAGCCUCUGACUUACAAAAGUUAGCAGCUCAACACUCAGAGCUUACAGAGUCGGUAUUCUUGAUGUGAGAAUAAGUUUACACUGUAAUAUAAUCUGAUAAUCAUUCACCUCUUACAUUGUAAAUAAUUAUUGGGGUGACUUCUUGACUCUUAAGUCCACUGAUCAAAAACCGUUAGCAUAUACUCUGCGUUGUCACCUACUAGGAUAGGAUCCUGAGCACUGUGCAUGCAAAAAUACUUGGUCAUCCCCUUUGCACACAGUUCAUAGUUCUGUGAUCUAUAUGAAUAGGUAUGUUCACAUGCACCAUGUGUAUAAUGAUAGGUUGUCUGUGUUCAGACAAAA